AUGGCCACUAUCCCAGAUAUUUUGCCCUUGGAUGAGCUCAGCAAACUCACUCGCGCGUCAAAGGCUCCUAGUCUGGAGCAAUUCUCACCUGACCUUUUGCCUGAGACACAAGCGUUAUGGCAGCGUCUUCUUCUGACAGUUCACAGUCUGACAGCGACCGACAAGCACAUGACAGCUGCUUGCAAUGCUAUCUGCUUUACUGCAAGGAAGAACUCAAACAGCCUCGAUGAAAAAGUGCGGGUCUUUGCGUUCUCUGGAGACACAUUUCUGGACACUUUCCUUGUUGUUCGCUCAGCCUUUGCUGCUGGGAAGAACAAGCCGGCCCUGCAGGUCUUGGAUACUAUUGCAUAUCUUGCUAAUUCUAACCGAGAUGCAGAUAGCGUUGGUAAACACGUUGCAGAAGCUGCUGCUGGUAUGGUCAGGAUCGUAUAUUCACAGCAGCCAAAGAAGUGCUUGAAAGAGGCAUGUAUUGUACUCUACUUCUUCCUUAGAAAGCUGUCUGAUUUUAUGUCUUUCCCAGAUGUGCUCAGAAGCGUGUACUCGGACACCAAGCCAAACUUCCUACGCUUGUGUCGUGCCUUCAAGAUUGAUUGCAAGUGUAUCGAUGGUCAAGAAUCGCCAUGGCUUUCGUUUGUCAUCUCCCUGCUAAUGGUGGUACAUGUGGCCGAAUCAAAAUCGGCAACGCUAAAAUUGCUAUCUCUCUUGUGCACACUGCCAGCAAAGACUUACGACGUUGAGUUGAACCAGAUUACUCGCGAAGCCGUCGCCAUAUUCGGUGCCGCGAACGAGACAUCUAUGAAUCAUGUCAUGAGAGAUGUGAUACCAUCGAUUGUCUCCGACAGAGAUCAGUUUCAUGCACUCUUGCCUCAAGCUGGAAAAGUUGCAGUUACCGAGACGUCUGCUAUACAGUUAAUCCUUGCCCAGCUGAACUUCGGCAAGACAAGAGCUUACUUGAAAGAAAGUGAUGUACCACACUAUGUAAACAGCAUGAUUUUGGCACGCCCGGAAGAGACCUCCUUGCAAGAUAAGGACUCCUAUGACGGCUUCCGUCUACUACUCAAAAACGUGUCUCCUGCUAUACGCCAAAGUGCUUGUGAACUACUAAUAUCCUCGACUUCGUCUCAGGCUUCAAUACAAAUCGGAAUGUUGCGUUGCCUACGCUAUGCCCUUCCUUACUUGCACGAUGAUAUAGACGCCUUCUAUCGAGGUGAGAUGUUCAGCAUUUUUCGUAGAUUUGUGACCAGGCUGUACCAGCAUCGUCCCGUAUCUCGUGACGCUGCGGAGGAUGAUGAAGCAGCGGCGAGUGUCGACGAUAUCGAUGAUUUCCUCAAGAGUUACACCAUAUUCCUGAAGAGCGAGCUUGCGGCGCACCUAUCUUAUGGGCGACAUAUUUUAUCACUGGAGAUACUCUGUUUCAUCUCGCAGAACUUUACUACUCGGGACAGAGCACUUUCUGCAUCAGUGCUCGCUGAUUCAGACGCACAAGCUUGUCUAUUUCGCUUACUGCUGGACCCGUAUGAUGAUGUUCGAGCAAUGGCUGCUAAAAUCCUUUCUUGUGCUGCUUCAGCAGCUAACACUACACCGGAACGGGCAACAUUUGACAUGUCAGUCGCAAGUAUUCGACCCGUGCAAGAAGUGUCGAGACUGGCAGCACGUACUAACCGUGCUGAUCAUGCCGAUGCGCUUGGUCGAACUAUUGCUCUCUUAAAAUCAGAUGCACAGAUUAGUAGUCAACACGAUACCGAAAAUGUCUCGCAACACCCCCUGCUAUCAGCUGCGCAAGAACUAUGCAGAUACCUCGACUCUAUAUCGGACUUCUUGGUGGUGUCCACGUAUCCGUUACAUGGCAACGUACUUGGAAUAGCAUAUGCAGUUCAAAAUCACAGACUAGUCUCCCGAGGCGAUGCACCUCCUGCUCUUUUGGAGACUCUACUUGCUAGCUGUCGACGGAUCUGGCUCUUGUCUCAAACCCAUCUUUGCGUUGAUUCACCUGAAGUGGAAAGCGAUUCUUCGGACACUACGCUGACAAGUGGGCCAAAAGACUCGCUUGCUUACGCCUGGCGAGCACUCAGGGAUGCCAACGUCCUGAUGCAGUCCAUCCUGGAGGGAUUUGAAGUAAGCCACAUGCUAAUCGAGGCAGUUGGCGACAUGUGUUUUGAGCAGCUGCGUCUGUUGAGGCAUCGAGGAGCGUUCUCAACAGUUUCCCAGACAUUUUUGACAUGCUGCCAGAAAGCUCGUAGUGAUGGACCAACACAACUCAGAGGGCUCACCGACCAAUGGUUCGACGAGGCGUUGAAGGAACUCGAAUUUCAAGCUGAUAAAUUGACUCGUCGAUCUGCAGGCCUGCCAGCCAUAUUCGCUGCCUUGCUAGAUCCAUCAAGCAAUGCUCACUUUUCCGCGUCUUUUGAAGCUCUUGUUGUCAUCGCAUCGCAAAGUCAACCGAGCGUUGAUCCUGCAACUACUCAAAACAAGCUACGAUUGCCACAAGUACACGCUCUGAACUGUAUCAAAGACAUCAUGACAAACUCACGAUUUCGAACGAUGACAGAGCCCGUGGUUGUCCCUACUAUCAAUCUGGCUGCUCAGUGUAUGAGCUCUUCGAUAUGGGCAAUCAAAAAUUGUGGACUGAUGUUAUUGCGAGCAAGUAUCAACCGCCUUGAUCCUGAUACGACCCUUGGCGCCGCCGAAGCCGGCAUGAAGUUACGUGGUAAUUUUGCUGCUAACAAGACACCUCUUGAGAUUGCUGUGGCUUUGCUGGGACAAAACACCGCUUCUGAGUCGCAAAUACAGCAAAUGAAGUUCCAGGGUGAAAGCGACCAUAGAGGCAGCACCGAGGCCUUGUUUGCUGGUUUGGAUCUCCUGAGUCGCCUUUAUAUCACCGAUCGGGAGCAAGGUGCUGUAAAGAAACUCGUCGAACCAAGACUAGGCCACCAUCUGUGGCAUAUCCGGGCACAAGCUGCUAGGUUACUCGCGCACAUAACACUACCUGGCGAAGAACUGAGUGUGGUUAGGGACAUGUUGAGCAUUCCUGGUUCCGACCACAGUACAAACAGCUGCCACGGGAGGCUACUUGCUGUGCAUUAUCUUUUGAAGAGGUUGGUAGACCGAAUUGAGCUUAGAGAACAUCUCAAAAGCUUAGUGGAAAUGUUGUUACAAGCCGAAGAGUUACCUCAGAUUCGGAGAAGUACCACACUAAAAGCAACGUGGUUGGGUGUCUGGCAUCAGCUGGUGGCAACCACUAAUCUCUCUAUUGACUCGACACAAUAUCUCUCUAAUACAACAGGUACAAGAUUGGAGGAUAAUCUUGAGGCCGCACAACCUACUGCUCUUUAUGCCCGAGCUUCAGCGGUGGCUCGCUUCCAAACAAAUCCUGGUAACGAUCCGGACAGUUUAGAUUUGGCUCUCAAGGCCUUGCAGACUAGUGAUGAUGAUGCAGUGGUCGGCGCAUUGGUUGAGUGUCAGGUCACUCAAAGCAAUAGUGCUCAUAAAAUCCGACUCGAAGUGUUCUUGCAUGCGUUGAGAGAUCGACAAGCCGACGACGUUCGGGCGCUUGGCAUGAGCAUGAUUGCAUCCAUUGUCACUCACAGUGACAUGUCCCUAGGAGCCGCAGCAGCACGGCAACUAGUCUCCGAGAUCGGGUUUGGGACACCUGUUUCGCGAGACCUGAUGCUUAGCCAGUUGAAGCUCUAUACCUCGAUAUGUGCCUUUGGCUGGAAGCAUCGGCAAACGCACGAAUACGAAGACACAUUGACGGCAAUCGAAGACCUUGCGAACGCUUUCUGUCUCCAUCUCAGAGCAGCAGCCAAUGAAGAGCAUGACGACUCAACCAGGCAUGGAGCGCUGCAAGCUCUUCUUCAAUGGCGCUAUCUCCCGGGCGUGGAUGAGAUGACAGACCAGAUUCUGGGCCGGACAGGCAGAUUCGAGAUCCUGUCGAUUCUGUAUGACUUUCUCAACGACGACGACGAAAUGAUCAGAAGUACGGCCUCAACCCUUGCUGCAAAAUUCUACCGCACUGCAUCCUCUGACCUUGGCGUUCUUAAAGUUCUCAGUGCAGCAGCCUCUCGCGACAGACUUCGUCAACACAUGAAAGAGGAGUUCUUGAGAAACGAGAUGUUGAGCAUGGAGUGUCUGCGGCGUCUGAUCGGCCUCGAAAUGACAGUAACUCGACCUAGACUAGCUGUUGCUCUGCGGUGUCGACUCAGCGACCGAUCUGUGCAGGACGAUCUACAGGAUAUCAGUGAAGCUGCAACCGAUCUCUUUGCUGAGGAGAAGCAGAACUUGUACCUGGAUGAGGUUGCUGAGAUCAAGGCUUGGGCUGAGACUUUGUGUUGUGCAAAAGUUGGCCUGCCGGUAUAUGUGCAGGAGGCCGCGAGGACUUGGAUUUCCGCCGGCGUACAGAGUUUGGACGACCUCUUCUCGAGAGAGGGUGGCAUAGUAGAUAUGGGCCACAAUACGGAUCUUGAGAUGUUGCUGAGCAGAUUGGUGGUCAUUGGAAGGCUUGUGGGAGGACGCGAGGAGGAAAUCGACACAUUAAAAAGAAAAUGUUGUCACUUAGACUUAUCUAACACAGUGCUGUCAGCCUUCACUUGGUCGCUGCAGUAA